CAUGCAGAGCUUGAGAGCUGCCGCAAAGCCCCGUCCUUCAGGGCUUUUUAAACACCGUGUUUGCUUCACGCUCCAACAAUGCCAUCCAAUUGAGUCGCCGCAGCAGCGCUUUACUCACUGAACCGACCGUGGGAACAACACCGCACGAGGAGCACAAACCGUCAUGUUUUAAGGGAGAAACACGACGGUCCUGAACGAAAUUAAAGAAGAUAGUGUCUUAUUGAACCCCUAGUCUUCCGUGGUAUUGUUGCUCUUCGGUGAAAAACAGCGGGGUAUCUGGGUGAAAUGAAUGUGGACCGGGUAGUCUGUUGUGUUUAAAUGCGGUUUCAGCCUCGGUUCGGCCGCGUUGAUGCAGCAGCGCACGGCUGUGGGGGUUCAAAUCCACCACCGGGAAGACAAUAGGUGAAAUACACGCCGGCCUGGACUCUCCCAAGACGACACUAAACGAGAGUCUGCAUCCGCUUCUGCUUCACUAGUGUCCGUGUGAGGAAUCGCUUUAGAGAGAGAAGUGACGGUCCCUGGAUCAGGAUGGCGGCCGUGGUGAACUACUCUCCGCCCUGGUGGGUGAAUCUGCUCCACCGGUUGCCUCACUUCAACAUCGAAUUCCAGGUGGUGAGCAGUGACUUCAGACCGGAGGACUCUGAGUACCAGAAGUCCAUUUUGCUGCUGGGCUCUGUGGCGUUGCUGUGUCUGGGCCUGGACCUCAUCUUUCUCCUCUUCUACUCUUUCUGGCUCUGCUGCCGGAGACGUAAGAGGGACGACUCGUCUCACUCUCACACUCACUCCCAGCAGCCCAGCCCUGACUGCUGCUGCACCGCCUGGUGCGUCAUCAUCGCCACGCUCGUCUGCAGCGCUGGCAUUGCCGUGGGUUUCUACGGAAACGGGGAGUCGAGUGAUGGGGCCAAUCGUUUGGCCUACUCCCUCCGUCACGCCAACCGCACCGUGUCCGGGGUGGAGAAACUGGUGACGGACAGCGCUCUCGCCUUGAACCAGACGGUGGAGGAGAGCUUGGUGCAGCUGGAGACGGCCUAUCAGGAGCAGAAAGACUACGUGUCCAUCGUCCAGAAGCUGCAGGGACAGCUGGACGAGCUGGUGCGGCUGAUGGUGGACGUUCCCUUCUGGUCCAACACCGACAUCUCCCUGGAGGACUUGGCCCGCAAGACGGAGGCGUUUGAUUUUUACAGGUGGUUGGGGUAUCUCGGCCUGCUGCUGUUUGAUGUACUCAUUUGCCUCCUGGUGCUCUUCGGCCUGAUACGCAACUCUAGAGGCACUCUGAUUGGAGUGUGUCUGCUGGGUGUUUUGACUCUGAUAAUCAGCUGGGGGUCUCUCGGCAUGGAACUGGCUGUCGCUGCUUCAGCCAGCGACUUCUGCGUCUCCCCGGAUACCUACAUCACCAGGGUAACCAAGGAAAACGCUGUCAUCGACCAAGGUACGCCGACUAUGAACUACAGAACCAGCGAUCAGACAUUUCUUCAGUUUUUUGUGAUUCCAAAACAUAUGCACGAGAGCCAGAACGCAAACUUUCAGAACCCUCGGUGUGAGAACACCCCCCUGAUUGGCAGGGAGUCCCCUCCACCCUCUUACACCUCUAGUAUGAGAGCAAAGUACCUGGCCACCAACCGACCCGACCAGAACCGACGCUCCGUCCCCAACGACCAGCUGGACCCGGGAAGCCGGCCCCACCCCACCGCCCGACCCCAGUCCUCGGUCCACUAGAGACCACAACCACCCGGUACUGCCUAUCUCCAGUUUCACAGCCAAUGACAAGGUCCAACUCAUCAGAAUAACAAGAAAGAGCCCUCGGCGACAAACCACAAGCUGCUCGUUCCACCACUGCUGUGAUGGAUGAGCCUACAUUACCCACAAUGCACAGCAACUGAAGCGCCUUGGCAGUUUCUUCUUCUACUUUUCAAUUCUCUCCCCCCUUCUACUGGGAUCUGUUUACUGCCCUCCAGUGGAGACCGCACCCACCUUAUUGAGACACUUUCACAUUCAGACCACACACGCGCACGCGCACACACACGCACACGCACGCACACACACACACACACCCUGUACAGACCUGUAAAUAGUAAACGUGUGCUUUACUCUGAUCUCAUGAGAAGUAGAAUCAUUACUGGUAACGUGGUGUGCUGCGUGUUUAUCAUGGACAUUUUAGCUGUAUCUUUCUCGAACACACACACACACACACACACACACACACACACACACACACACACACACACACACACACACACACACACACACACACACACACACACACAAAUGAACACAUUGAUAGAAGCACACAUCUGUAUAAAUAAUAAGCCAGUGAAAUAGAAAGCCACGUUGAUGUAGAACCGGUACCACCACUUUCUCUUUAGCCGAACAUUGUCAUCUAACUAAGACUUGAAUCAUGAGCUCGAAAAGUCUCUCUCCGGAUGUUUCUACGUGCGAAAGCAGUUCACGUGUCGAGCAAUGCAUUAUGAACUUGAGCCAGGAAACGCUGUUGUGGAGCGAGAGACACACGAAGGCUCAGCCUGUGCCAAAAAACUCUGAAUAACGAGGGAUGCCUUCAUUCUGUCCUGUUCUCCUACUGCCUCCUCGUGUCUCUAAUAAGAGGAAACAACUCACGUGGAAUGUUUUCCCUCUGACUGUAAAUAAAAAAAGGGACAGGAAAGACACUUAAAAACAAAGACGAUGGACAGAAAUGGAAUAAAUCUCACUGAUUAAAUAUUGCGACUACAUAUUUGCCAGGUGCUAUGUACGCCAGUCAGAGUGCUAGAAGACGAUCGGGACUGAGGAGCAACGGAAACCUUUUUUAUUACUUUAAUGUUUUCUUUUAAUUCAGGGAUAACAUAAGGAAAAAGAGCAGUCAAAUGAAAACAGCUUUCCAUUAUGACUGAAUGGAAAUGGUGUCGUGGAUCCUGAAAAUCAUGUCCCUGAUUAUUCAUGUUACAUCAAAGUGUUACAAACUGAAGGAAAGUGGGUGUUUUUUUUAAACGUUAAAUCAUAAGCUGAAUUCAGGAUGUGAUACAGUGACCAAGUCGUGUUCUGUCUUUUCUUUCUUCCUGUGCUUUUAUUUUGUUAACUGGUGACCUUGGACUGACCUCUUUGCCACCAGUAGUCUUUUAUUUGUUUAAACCCACAAGCACAAAUUCUCUUCAAGGUGACUUUGCGAGCUGGAGAAGUAAAACGCACUGCUAGUGGUUUUCCCUCCCGCUCUAAAACUCUGUAGUGUAUAAAAACUGUAUUUGUGAAGCCGUGUGUGUGACAUCAUUGGCUGUUGCUCUAUCUCAGUGUUGCUGUGUGUACGUACAGUGGUCAGUGUGUGUGACUGGCAUCUAGCCCGAGUCAUUUCUACACAGACGCAUGCCCUCACACAUCGAAACACACACAUGCUGUACAGACAAAACACACUUGGUUUCUUUCAAAAAAAUCCAUCUUUCCCUACUUUGGUCCUGUUUACAUUAACAUGUAGAGCUGUCGUGACUGCACACCCUCCCACAGCUGUGACAUCACACUGAUUUGCAUUAUGGGUGAUGUAGUUUGUUCAGAGAAACCUGGUAAAUAACUAAGUAAGUGAACAUUCAAACACUUUUCAACCACCAUUCCUGUACAGCAUUUUAAUAUGUUAUUAAUCAAUGACCACUUCUCGUAUUGGCGAGACAAUCUUACAUGUGUGAUUUUACUAGAAAGAAAAUAUCCAUGUUAUGGUAACAAUGCUACCUAUGGUCUAGUACUUUACAGUGUUUUUUGCACCGUAAAUGCAAACAGUGUUAAGAUCUGUGGACUAGUCACUGAUUAAUGGCCUUUCAUAAUGUUUUUAAACUCUUACAACACUUCAUAUCACAACAUGUUUUUUAUUUUUCUCUUAUCUUGUAAAAAUCCAACUUUAAAGAUAAAAUAUUAGCUAGCUGUUUUGUAGGAGAUUAAAGGCAAGAGCAGCGGUUUUCCUCUCUUAUUAAUGGUGAAUGACUCUCUGUCUUGCAAUGUUUUAAUAAAACUAUUCCAGUGUAAUCUGCACACCUGACUUUAAGUUGUAUUUGAAUUCCUGUGUGAAGCUUUCUGGGAUCGAAACACCCGGUCCCAGUCAGCUUUUGAUGGAAAACAAGGUCCACGCUCAUGUGUAAGAGUCAGAGAUGUUUGUGUGUUUGUGGUAUUUACAGGACUUCAAGUACACCUCCUGUCCAGAUGUGAAGGACAAACAAUGUUUUCUAUGGCUGUUUUUAUUUUCUGAUGGUUUAACUAAGAUAUUAAUGAUGUACAUGUCAAAACUGUGGUAAUGAUAUCAUUCAGCCUGGAAUAAAUGUUUUAAAAAAGAAAUUAAAGCAACUUUAACGUACUGA